AUGGAGGGAAGUGUUGGAAUGCUGGCUGGAUCUCACAAGAGGAACGAGUUUGUUCGAAUUCGGCACGAUUCGGAUAGUGGGUUUGAGAUCAGUGGCUGUUUGCAACAGGGGUUUGUGUUAGAAAUGGAGGCAAGUGUUGGAAUGCUGGCUGGAUCUCACAAGAGGAACGAGUUUGUUCGAAUUCGGCACAAUUCGGAUAGUGGGCCCAAGCCGAUGAAGCAUUUGAAUGGACAGAUAUGUCAGAUUUGUGGAGAUACUGUUGGAUUUACUGCUACUGGUGAUGUAUUUGUUGCCUGCAAUGAGUGUGCCUUCCCAUGUGCCUUCCCAGUUUGCCGGCCUUGCUAUGAGUACGAGCGGAAAGAUGGAAAUCAGUUCUGUCCCCAGUGCAAGACUAGAUACAAAAGACAGAAAGGAAGUCCUCGAGUUGAAGGUGAUGAUGAUGAAGAUGAUGUUGAUGACCUGGAGAAUGAGUUUAAUUAUGCUCAAGGAAACAGGAAAGCCAGACAGUGGCAGGGAGAAGAUGCUGACCUCUCUUCAUCCUCUAGGCAUGAACCUCAGCAACCGAUUCCCCUUCUUACAAAUGGGCAGCCAGUAUCUGGUGAAAUUCCCAUUGCUACACCGGACACGCAAUCUGUACGAAGUACCUCAGGUCCUUUGGGCCCUAGCGACAAGCAUGUUCACUCACUUCAAUAUAUCGAUCCAAGGCAGCCAGGUACACCCCUAAUUUGA